UCCAUUGCCCUUUCACCAUCCAAGGAGAUAGAUACUUUCUUUCAGACCCAUUUUUGUGUCCACAAUUCAAGGAGAGGAACUCAACUUGAUAGUGUUUAGCUGCGGUUUUGUGCUGUGAAUUGUGGCGGUUCUUGAUUGCACAAAUCUCCAUCAUCAUCGUGUUCCAAUUGAAGCAACAACAAUGGCUUCUGCUUCGUUAUUCAACUCGUUGACUUGUUCUUCACGUGCUCCCGCUCUUCACUGUUUCGCUCGCAACCGCACCGCCGCCACAUCGCUGCGAUUCGGGAACCUCCUCUGUACCAGACCACUCUCCACAACCACAAGGGUCUCUUCUCCUUCCUCUGUUGUCUGCAAAGCUGUUUCUGUUAAACCCCCAACUGAAAUUGAGGGUCUCAACAUUGCUGAUGAUGUUACCCAGCUCAUAGGGAAAACCCCAAUGGUUUACCUGAAUAAUAUAGUGAAAGGCUCUGUUGCUAAUAUUGCUGCUAAGCUUGAGAUUAUGGAGCCAUGUUGCAGUGUCAAGGACAGGAUAGGUUAUAGCAUGAUAACUGAUGCCGAGCAGAGAGGAGCUAUAACGCCUGGGAAGAGUAUUUUGGUGGAACCUACUAGUGGGAACACAGGGAUUGGUCUUGCCUUCAUAGCAGCUUCAAGAGGAUAUAAACUCAUUUUGACGAUGCCUGCUUCUAUGAGUUUAGAAAGACGAGUUCUCUUAAAAGCAUUUGGAGCUGAGCUUGUUUUAACUGAGGCAGCAAAGGGUAUGAAUGGAGCAGUUCAAAAGGCUGAACAAAUUGUAAAAAGUACACCCGAUGCAUACAUGCUUCAACAAUUUGAUAAUCCUUCAAAUCCUAAGAUACAUUAUGAGACAACUGGGCCAGAGAUAUGGGAAGACACAAGAGGCAAGAUAGAUAUUUUAGUCGCAGGAAUUGGAACUGGUGGAACCAUUUCUGGAGCUGGUCGAUUCCUAAAACAGCAAAAUUCAAAAAUACAGGUUAUUGGUGUAGAACCUCUGGAGAGCAACAUACUUACAGGUGGAAAGCCAGGACCUCACAAAAUUCAGGGUAUUGGGGCUGGUUUUGUGCCCGGGAAUUUGGAUGAAGAAGUGGUUGAUGAAGUUAUAGCGAUAUCAAGUGAUGAAGCUGUUGAAACUGCAAAGCAAGUAGCUCUCCAGGAAGGCUUGCUGGUUGGAAUUUCUUCAGGAGCUGCUGCCGCAGCUGCAUUGCAAGUUGGAAAGAGACCUGAGAAUGCGGGAAAGCUUAUUGCGGUUGUAUUCCCAAGCUUUGGUGAAAGAUAUUUGUCUACCAUUCUUUUCCAGUCAAUUCGAGAAGAAUGUGAGAAUAUGCAACCAGAGCCAUGAAGCAGCUUUUCUUGUUACAUGUCUCAGACACAUUCUCCAUUAUCAUCCAUCAUGUUGUAAGGCAUGACAAUGUAACAAUGACUAUGUUAUGUGUUUCUCAUUUUUUACAUUUAAGAAAUUAGAUGCUUUGAACCGGUCAUUGAUUUAGCUCAAAGCCUAUUAAUGGUUCUUGAGAGUUUUUUUGUUCUCUCCCUUUUUUGGUGGGAGUAAGACUUUUAGAUGUAUGACUAGUAGCAUCUAGCAUUGCUCUUAUGUAUCAUGGCAUAGCAAAUUUAUGUUUUUUGUUCGUAGUUCAAAACUAAUAAAUGAAACAAUUUAUGUAUUGCUUUC